AUGCCAGGCCUGAUCAACAAGGCCAAGCGUAGCGCGCUACCACUCAGCGUCUCUGACAUCACUUCCUGUGUCCGCGGUUACACCCUGGCCAUGACAGCCUCCAUGACGUAUGAAAACAUUGAAGAUCACCCCAUAGAAGGUAUCUUCAUUUACCCGCUGGAGGAGGGCUCAGUGGUGGUGGGCUUUGAGGCGAUGAUAUCCAGCCAGAUAAUAACGGUGCAGAUCAAAGACAAGACAAAGAUUGAAGAUUGCUACUUCCACUGCUGCACAGCGACUAACGGAAAUCUAAAGAGUGGCAAUGGUCAUGUGGCACUUGAUGAGGAUCUAGAGAGGAUGGUGUUGGUGGUAAACCUGGGGGUCAUUCCACCUCUGGAGACUGUGAAUGUGUUGGUCAGCACAUCCUAUGAACUUUCCACCCUUCCAAAUGGGGGCAUACGUGUCACUUCACCGCCUGUCUGCACUCCGAGGGUCCAGCGCUCCAUUAAAGAGGAACAGGCUUUCUCUCCGAACACAAGCAGGAAGAGAGACAGACAUCACUGCUCUCUGGGGUCUCAUGAGCAGAUGGGCUCAAGCAACCAACUGUGUCUCUCCUGGCUACUGGAGGAGGAGUCUAUCAACUCCAUUGACUACGAGUUCAACUUCCAGCUAGAGAUCAGAGGGCCAUAUCUACUGGCAGGAGUGGAGAGCCCUUCUCACGCCAUCCGGGCAGAUGCUGACCCCUCCGCCCAUUCUGCUACCAGCAUUGUGGUCACCCUGGCAGACAAAUACACCUAUGACUGCCCUGUGGAAAUUCUCAUCUACCCCAGUGAGCCCCACCUGCCCCAUGUGCUUAUUGAGGACGGAGACAUGACGCUGGAAGAGUACGAUGAACAUCUGAAGGGGAGGAGUGAUUACAUCAAGGCCACAAAGAAGGACUCUAGCAAUGAAAAGAAAGUGGAUAUCAUCCAUAAAAGGCUCCAUAAAGACAUUCUUCACAACCCUGUGGUUAUGCUUAACUUCUGCCCUGACUUGCAGUCCAUGACCUCUGACCUGCGCAGGGUGCAGGGGGAGUUUAUCUUCCUUAUUGACCGCAGCGGGAGUAUGAGUGGUGUCAGUAUCAGCCGGGUUAAGGACGCCAUGGUGGUGAUUCUGAAAAGCCUUUUCCCGGCCUGCCUGUUCAAUAUCAUCAGCUUUGGCUCGACGUUCAAACCGUUGUUUGCCACCAGUCAGAGUUAUGAUGAGGAAAGCUUGGGCACUGCAUGUGAAUAUAUAAAGAAGAUCCGGGCUGACAUGGGUGGUACCAACAUCCUGGCCCCGCUGAACUGGAUCCUGAGGCAGCCGCUGUGGCGCGGUCAUCCUCGCCUGCUCUUCGUCCUCACCAACGGAGCCGUCAGUAACAUGGGCAAGGUCAUCGAGCUGGUCCGCAGUCACUCCCGAUCCAUCAGGUGCUACACGUUCGGUAUAGGUCCAGGAGUCUGUAGACGGCUCAUCCAGGGCCUCGCGACUGUUUCCAGAGGUGCUGCUGACUUCCUGGCAGAAGGAGAAAGGCUGCAGCCUAAGAUGAUUAAAUGCCUGAAGAAGUCCAUGGCUCCUGUUCUGAGUGACAUCUCCAUCGAAUGGCUCUAUCCUGAGACUAAGGAGGUGCUACUGUCUCCAGUGGGAACAACAUACCUGUUUCCUGGUGACCGGUUGAUUGGAUACAGCGUGGUGUGUGACACGACACGCUACCACUCCAACCCCAAGUCUGACAAGCGACGGCGCUACAGCAUGAUGCACUCCAACGAGUCGGCCAGCUCGGUGUUCUACCACAGUCAGGAGGAGGAACCAGUGAAGAGCGGCUCAGACGGGCAUAGUGCUGUCAGGGAUAUAUCAGGCACAGGAACGUUUGAUGCAUACCAAAGCACCAUGUCUGAAAGCAGCCCUGGCAUGGUGGAACAAGAUGGAAUUGGGACUAGUAUGAGCUCUUCUCCGAGAAGGCGCGCAUACAGCACCAAUCAGAUUGAAGACUAUAAUCCUCUGAAGAAGGCCUUCACUCCCAGUGACCCAAGCUCAGUGGUGGGGAAAAACCCUCUGAGGAGAGCCAAGGUCCAGGAGCUCAUCGGACAGACGAGUCCUGAUAAUGGGGCCAAGUGGAAGAUGAACUAUCAGCCUCAGCUGGCCAGCCUGUGUGCUAUUUCGUCCAAAGGGCACGGACGCCCACAGCCUGAUGAACCCCACGGAGGCACUGAAGCAGAGGAAACCCAGGUGAACCCCAGUGCUCAGGCAGCCAUCCGCGGUCCAAACUGGGAGAACGGCUCCAAAUCCUCCACUGACAGCCCUUCCCUGGGCAGCACAGGAGAAGCAGAUGGCUACACCCAUCAGCUCUGUGAAGCGGAAACACCUCAAGACCCACACGCUCCAGACUUCAAGCACGUGAACAAAAGCAAAGGAGACUGCAAGGCAGUCGUCUCGGGACUGCUGUGUGGGAAACCUGUGAAAUGGGAGGUGAGCUUCGACAUCGAACCCUACCUGAAAGGGCGUGAGCGAGAGGAAAAGGUUCAUGAGGAUCUCUGGAACGAAACCUUCCAUCAUCUGGCCGCGAGGUCGAUUAUUCAGGACUUUGAGCAGAUGGCUGACAAAGAGUGUGAGAUUGAGCACGGUUCCGGUAGGCGCUAUCAGCUGUACGCCUUGCAGACUAGCAAAGCUUGCAACAUCCUGAGCAAAUAUACAGCAUUUGUGCCCAUUGAUCUGGACAGCAAUGAAUAUUUACCCAUUUCUAUUGAGUAUCGAUAUGCUGGGGAAGAGCGAAAGGGUAGCUCACAUUCGAGCCAGCGUUCAGGGAGCAGGAAGAGUCGUGGUUAUUCGGUAGGAUUGGGCCACUCGCAGUCCGGCUGCCUGGCUGAAGGAGAAGACCAAACAACGCCAACUUUUGAAGACAGAGCCUCUCCUUGUAGCACUCCUUCAUCAGCUGGAUGGGAACGGUUCAGCUUCACAGAAGCUUCUCAGAGGAGUCCGACUGUGACCUCAGACCAUUCGCAGAGAUCAGUGGAAAGCCUCUUCUCAGCCAGGUUGAGUCUCACCAGAACACGGCUCCUGACAAAAGCAGCUCGAGGCUUCAUGUGCCGCACACAAAGCAAAGCUGAUUCAGUGGGAGAGAGUGAUAAUGACAACAAGAACUACAUACCUCUGGUAUCUCUGCAGCUGUCCUGUGGUGCAUUUGUCCUGGACGCUGCCUUGUGCGAGGCCAUAAACGUCCCCAUGGACAAGCUGAAGUGGACGUCCCCGUUCACCAGCCACAGACUCAGCCUCCCCCACCUGUCCUACUCCAGCAGCAGGAGAACCGACAGCCUGGAGGUCCAGCACAGCUCUUCACCUCCGCCUAAAGACUGGGAUCUCUCUGAAUCUGAGGACACGGCGCCCCGCAGCCCCCGAACCGAAAGCAGCUCGUCCGGUUUUGGCGAGGCCUCGCUCUCUCCCGGCUAUUCGCAUCCCGACAGUGGACGGGGGGCCGAUUUGGGGAAUAUGGAGACACCGGUCUCGCCUGGAGGUGCGCAGAGGAUGGCGCAGGAGCCAGAGGGUAUGGUGUGGGCUACGGCCGUGGCCUUGGCGUGGCUCGAGAACAACUCAGCGAGCUACUUCAUCGAAUGGGAGAUGAUCGCGGCCAAAGCGAGCCUGUGGCUGGAUGCGCAGGUGGUCCCUGAGGGACGAGAGCUGGCGUCGGUGAAGGCGGCGGCCAAUCAGCUCUUCAUCAUCCUCAGACACUGGGACGAGAACCUGCAGCUCAACAUGCUCUGCUACAACCCCAACAGCAUGUAGAUCUCGAAAGCUCACUACUGGAUGGUGAUUUUAUUGGUUUGCUUCUGUACAGCAUCGUGUGUCUGGUUUAACUCGAUCCACACUCCGUGCAAGUUGUCAAACCGUGGGUCGGUCAGUUCAGUAAACACUGAAGGAAAUUUAAAAACGGCGUUAGUGAUGUGAUAAUUAUACCUUAUGCUGAGCUCUUGCACCUUUUUAAAAUUCUUUUCCUUUGUUUUCGGAAAAACAAACGCGACACAUUUUGAAUUCGUUCGUCAUAUUAUCGGAAUGCUGCAGUGCCACAAUAGCUUCUAUGAAAGCCAGUAAAAUUUGUUCCAUUAAACAUUGUCUCCAGGCUAAUUAAGCUGCACCGGAAGACGAAAAAAAAAAAGAUCAUCGGAUGGUUAAUUAUUCACUAACGGUGGUUAUAUGCAAACCAGUAGAUGGUUGUGACAGCUGAAGUGGAUUCUGUUGGCACAUCCACUCAGGGAUGACCACGCUGACGUCGAAGCAUGCUAUCGUUUGUUAAAAUUCUGUUAUGGAAACGAAGCAGGAUGUAACCGGAACGUGUUUGUGUUCGUCUCGGACGAAUGUAUCGUUAUGUACUGUAAACGUAUGUUUAUUUGGUGGACGGCGUGAGUAAACACCGCCGUUUCUUCGACAGUCAUCGACUUACACCGUUCCACGCUACAGCGUUCUGUGGAAAUUCUUUUCAUUAAGGCACUGAAGGGUCAAACGCUUAUAACGGACGCUUGCUCUGUUGUAAAAGGCAGCAGUGAUAUAUUGUAUUUACAACGCAGUGUUAUUCGAUUGUACUUGGAGACUUAACAAGAUGUCAAACUAUUGCUGAGACAGCACUUCCUGUCGAGUGCUCUCCAGCUCUCAAGUGCCUGACCCCAGCUGAACUUCUCCAAUGAACUAUGAUUUGUUUAUUUCUGUAAUGCCACGUGUUUAUCUCUUGUGCGCUGUUUACUAGUGUAUUUAUGAAAUCUGUGAAGCCGUUGUUGCUGAAGUUUGCCAUCGUUUGAUUGCCUGUAAGUGUGGCAAAUCGUAUAUAUGAAUUCCAAGAAGUUUUCUGCUCAGAGUUAUCCACAUGAAUGGCUGUGUUUUAAUUUUGUUUUUGUUUUUUUAAUUCGUUUUUGUUUGUUUGUUUGUUUGUUUGUUUGUUCCAUACAAGAUUGUAACUGUCACUCAGGUAUCGCUGCUGUGUAGCUGUGAGUCCCUGUGGCGAGCACGAGUCUGUUGAUGCAUGAGUUUGUCUGAGAGCCACCGCUGAUGUGUAACGUUUUGCUCGUGAACGUGGCUCUUUGCGUGGAAAAAACCCCAACAAAAAACGUGGACGCUAUGUUUGAGGUCAAUCGUGUUUUUCCCCAAAGUGGUUAUCAAGCGCUUGUCAGCUCGCUGUAGUGCCUCUCGUGCAAUGACGGAGUGUGUAACUGCAUGUAAUAAAGUCUUGCUGCUGAGUAAAUGAUGAGAGAGUAUGUCUGAUUAUU